CUUCCUGGGCAAGAGGCCUCCAGCAGUGGUGCUUCACGAGGCCAGAGCCCCACCGUAACCGAGGUCCCACUCUGCGGGGUCUUCACUGAGAGGUGUCCUUAGCAAUGGAGACCGUGUCAGCCCCCACCUGGGUCUUCAGAACUGGCUGGAGCCAACAGCCAAGAACAGAACAGCCAAGAUGUCCAUGGGACUGCUGCCCUCUAAUGGCCGCUCUGGGUACUGCAUGAGGCUCAGGAAGCCAGGAAGGAAUGGGACUGUGGCACAGGAGGCCAGCCCUGAGUUGUCCCCAGAGGAGAGGAGAGUCUUAGAAAGGAAACUGAAGAAGGAACGGAAGAAGGAAGAGAAGAAGCGGCUGAGGGAGGCGGGCAUCGCUGCUGCACAGACUGCCAAGGUUCAGACGCUGCCAGCCAAGCCCUCGGCUGCCGCCCUGGCCCUGGAGUACCUCCAAGGGUGGGCUCAGAAGCAGGAGAGCUGGCGGUUCCAGAAGACGAGACAGACGUGGCUCCUGCUGCACAUGUACGACGAGGACAAGGUUCCUGAUGAGCACUUUUCUACCCUGCUGGACUACCUGGAGGGGCUGCGGGGCAGUGCCCGGGAGCUCACAGUCCAGAAGGCAGAGGCCCUGAUGCAGAAGCUCGAUGAGGCUGAGCCCGAGGCCAGCGGCGGGUCUCCGGGGAAGGUGCAGCGCCUCCGCCAGGUGCUGCAGCUGCUCUCCUAGUGGGCCCCGAGGACUCACUGGCUACCUCCUCCUAGAGCUGUGGGAGCACACGGGUCCCCAGCAGGUCACCUGGCUGGAGUCCUGAGAAGAACCCUUCAUCCCCUCCCUAUAAGCUGUAACAGUUUCUGGUGCCUUGGGAGUUAUGGUCUCCCUGAAACAGCUCCGAAGGGCCACUCCCACUCGAGGGGCCCUAAAGUGACUGUAAUCAGGGUCUACUUUUUCUACCAAGAAUAUCUUAGAGACCGGCCCAAGCUGGCUUUCCCCAUCCUCUGGGAUUCCCUGGUGUGCGUGUG